GAAUCGGCUCGAAUGUAGGACUGCAGCUUCUCACCGGAAAUCAAAGCCUGGUUGUUUCAGUUCUUUGCAUCGAGCAUCAGCACGAGGUUCUCGCCAGCAAACUCGCAUGAAGCGGGCAUCCUUUAGCUGCAGCUGUCUUUACGAAUCGGGAAGUUCAUCGUCCCCGAACUUGAGAGAAAACCUUUGGAAGGCGAAGGGCUACCCACAUGAUGCGCGUAAUGGCAGCACGUAAAAGAUAGCUGGCAGCGUGGUGGACUACUGAUGCGAGCAGGGAGUACCGGAACCGUUUUUAAGGGCGCAACGGCGAAAAAAACCAUGCUUUUCCUGGAAUACAGCCAAAACCCACAGCCACCAGCUGGUGCUGCCGUGUCAGGGCUCAGCGGCGAGUAGAUAGCGGUGAAGCGAACCAGCAAAGGUACUGAUUGAUGGCUACUGCACGGCGGGAGCGUCCAAGAGACUGGGGUAAACGCUACGGCUCUCGAGAUCAAGAUACGCUGGACGUCAACUACGAUCGUCUUUUGGUCGUCCCAGUGGCACGCAACCUUCCGAGAGACCUGUCCAUUCACAGCUGACAACCACGGCGACCGAACUGGUGGUGCCUUACUUGAACCUGUCAGCCUUACCACAAGUCUUCUGCUAAUAUAAUCACCCAAUAAGGCGCACAGCUGUCCAUGCUCUUCUUGCGGCAUGCUGUUGGGGUCAUCCCCGCACGACAUGCUCGGGUCCGACUUCGCCCCAUCGUCGUCGGCUGAGCAUUUGGGGCACGAAAAUGAGCUUACUGCCCAUCAUCUGCUGCUGAGUCGUCCGUCGAGUUCAAUCGUUGCUGGCUGCUCUGUCGUUCUUUGAAUUCACCCACUUAGUGUUCGAACCGAGACCUGCCGACCACUAUGCCGCAGAUCCAGCGAUUGACUCUUUUCAAGAUUCCCGACGCUGCAGACCUCGACCAGGCUCUUGCCGCCUAUGCGAAGCUCGAAGCGAACAAUCAAAAGGAUGGCAAACCCUACAUCCUUCAGAUGAAAGCAUACAAGCUCCACGAGGACGAACGGAGUCAAGGGUACACAUUGGCGGCCCGGACCGUGUUCGCAAGCCUGGACGACAUGAAAUAUUACGACAACGACUGCCCAGCACAUGGAGAGCUCAAGGCAACGGUCAAACCCUUGAUCAAGGGUGGCCCGCCUCUUGUUCUCUACAUGGACUUUUAGCUGGCAAAUCGGUAUAUAGUCGCAUCAAAUGCAAACUUCUGCUGCAUCCUGUUACCCUUGUAUAUGCACCUUCCCUCCCAUGUUCUAUUGCGGCGCCUACUAACCCAAUGAUCGCACUUCAAUCAUCUGACAUGAUCAGAAGCUCAGGUUAUUAAUUUCGGAGGUUGCGACUAGACGCGUGUACAUUGCCUUCAAGCUACGAUGUCCAAGAUUAAGGAGUGACUCGAUUUCAAAGUGUGUGCUCGGCUUCGCGAGAAAUGAGCAGAGCCCUUGAUAGCUUGACCGUCGUGAAUGUCAUCUUUUCGAUGCAGACAAGCAAAAACACAUGAUCGGAUUGCCCUUGCACAUGUAGUUCCCUGCAUGCCGUAUCAUUCCUCCAAGCCCGAUCAAUCGUUGCUGACAAUUCCUUUGAACGGUGAUGUGCCCUUUGGCUGAGGAUGGCGAUACAUUACAGCCUGUUGGAAGAGUUCGUGGGAAGAAAAUUAAGAAGCUAAAUAGACGUAUUUCCUCGAUGUCAUUAAUAUAUCCCACCACAAAUAAC